GGGGAUGUCAGGGCAGUCAGGCGCUUUCAGACGCGUCAGAAGUCAGCAAGGUAGGCGCAUCGGCGAGGGCGCUAUAAAAGGCGGAAAGCGAAAAAUAACAUAUAUAGAUACACAAAUAGGACACGGGAGUAUUUCUCAUAAAUAGGCAGCGCGGCGUUAUGGGAGUGACGGGCACUCCAGGUUCCGCCGUUGGAUGCCCGUCAGAUGGACAUGCACGGUAAAGGGGUCGCUCCGAAAUGCGGGAUAUUCCGGCAAAGUCUCUAAGCGCAGACACAUAGAACACAGUUAUUCAGGCUGCGCCGAGUCUGCAGAGUGAUCGGAUCCCUGCCCGCGGUCCCCGGGCGGCUCUAGUCCGCAUCUGGGUAAUGCACUGCGGGUUCAUACCGACCUGAGAGGCGCUGCAAGGAGAGCAGCAGGCGAAAGGGGACAAAUGGGCUUGCAUGCAUCCAAAAGGACUGAACUAUAAGGCGGGAUAAUUAUCACCCGGCUUCUCCACCUGGACCAGAGAGAUCGGAUCCCCGCUCCCCUCCCCUCCCCCAGAAAUACGCCAAAGCCUGGGCUCCAAGCGAAGACGCAUCCUGCGGACAUGCUGAACUGAAGCCGGUGCCCUGCUGCUCCGGCCCGUUCUCCUUUAAACCCCUUCUUUUGGAUGAAUUGAAAAGACAUAUCAGAUCUGGGGCAAAGUGAUGCCCUUCAUCGUUAAACAUAUUUAACGACAAAUUAAUCGCCCAGCAAAUAAACGCCAUAAAGAUAAAUUCCCGUUUUUCGUCGCGGUUUCUUGUGUGGUAUCUUGUUUUUUGUCUGUACAUGUGUGUGCGCAUAUACACACUGCGGAUCACGGCACCGAAAUGACUCUUAUUGCACGGCUGCCUUUUUAAGGAAAACCCGGAGCCGCUCCAGAAGAAAUUAAUGGAUUGAGACGCACGACGAGAAACACCUCGGAUUUUCGUGCAAGGGCACAAGGCAGGGAAACUAAGCUGUCAUAUAUACAUUUAUAUUUUUGCCGUGGAUCCCAGAGCGACAAGUGGAACAGCAAUUUAUUAAAACCAGCCGUGUUGUUGCGUUUGAUGCAGGGUCCCUUUGCUGUUUGCUAUAAAUGUUAUAUUUUCAUAUUAUAAUGUGUCGUUCUCAACCCACUUCGUUAAACGAUAGCAAACAUCGACAAUGAUUUUUUCUCAGCCCAACAUGUCAUUUACAUUCAACUGAAAUGGACUGCGGAGGAAGCUGUUCUUAUCAUAAUCAUUAUUUUGCCGAUAUUACGCUUUGAACAGUUGUCAUUGCUCGUUCGAUAAGAAAAAUCUAAAACCUAAAUGCAAGACAAUCCAUUACUCUGGCGGCUAAUAGCUGUCAGGUCUUUUGAGCGCAUGUUAUGAAAAAUAAAAUGAAAUAAUCACAGUCUCCUGCUAUGUCGAAUAUCUUGCCGCCGCUCGCUCUUUUUUUUGCAGAGGCGAUUUUUCUCGUCUCACGGGCUCACGGCUACGCCUGGAAGAUAGUAGCUUAUUAAUUUUUCAUCUUUAUGCAUCAGCAAGAAGAAAAAGCAAAAGAGGAGAAAACAGCGGAUAAGCAAAGAGGAGGAGAGGGGGCGGCGGGGACGGACUGAGAGAGACCAGGAGAGAGAGCGGAGGAAGAAUGAAUGAGAUGCGCCGGGCGUCGUAGGAAGGAGCCUGGAGGAAUCGAGGCUCUCCCUCCCAGUGUGGGUGCGAGUGGAGGAGCCAAUCAGAACGCGGACCACGCCCACCCUGUAUUGGCCACACCCCAACCCGCCCCACAAGCAUGGCAUUGUCACUCUGGAUCCUCUGGACCUGCGCCCUCACACUGAGCAACAUUGCCCCCUCUGCUCAAGCUCUGAGCCGCUCUGCGAUGCCCUUCGGCCUCCUGCGGAGGGAGCUGGCGUGCGAGGGCUACCCCAUCGAGUUGCGCUGCCCUGGCAGUGAUGUCAUCAUGAUCGAGACGGCCAACUAUGGCCGCACCGAUGACAAGAUCUGUGACGCCGACCCCUUCCAGAUGGAGAAUGUGCAGUGCUACCUGCCUGACGCCUUCAAGAUCAUGUCACAGAGGUGCAACAACCGUACCCAGUGUGUGGUGGUUGCAGGGUCUGAUGUCUUCCCUGACCCCUGUCCAGGGACCUACAAGUAUUUGGAGAUCCAGUACGAGUGUGUUCCUUACAAAGUGGACCAAAAAGUUUUCGUGUGUCCCGGAACCCUCCUGAGGGUGCAGCAGGCCAGCUCUGUGCAGGAAGCGGAGCACCAGUCGGGGGCGUGGUGCAAGGACCCGCUGCAGUCUGGGGAUCGCCUGUAUGUCAUGCCCUGGACACCGUACCGUACAGACAUGCUGUAUGAGUUUGCGUCCUGGGACAAUUUCCGGCAGAAUCGCGCCACCACUACCUACAAGCUGCCAAACCGCGUGGACGGCACGGGCUUCGUGGUGUACGAUGGCGCUGUGUUCUACAACAAGGAGCGCACGCGCAACAUCGUCAAGUACGACCUGCGCACGCGCAUCAAGAGCGGGGAGGCCAUCAUCGCCAACGCCAACUACCAUGACACGUCUCCGUACCGCUGGGGCGGCAAGUCUGACAUCGACCUGGCCGUGGACGAGAACGGCCUGUGGGUCAUCUAUGCCACAGAGGCCAACAACGGGCGCCUGGUGGUCAGCCAGGUCAACCCGUAUACGCUGCGCUUUGAGGGCACCUGGGAGACAACCUUCGACAAACGGCUGGCUUCCAAUGCCUUCAUGGCGUGUGGGGUCCUGUACGUCGUGCGCUCUGUCUACCAGGACGACGACAGUGAGGCAGGUGGCGACCUGGUGCUAUACGCCUACAACACCAACCGCGGGCGCGAGGAGCCCGUGCACAUCCCCUUCCCCAACCCCUACCAGUACGUCUCCUCCAUCGACUACAACCCCCGCGACAACCAGCUCUACGUGUGGAAUAACUACAACGUGCUGAGAUACCCGCUGGAGUUUGGGCCGCCUGACCCCACCGCUGACCCGCUUACCACUACCCAGGUGAGCAGCACCGCCCCCCCUAAGCCUCUGACGAGCACCGUGGCGGGACAGACCCCGGGAGCCAGCACGGCCCGCCCACUGCCUCCCACCUCUCACCCUGUGGGGGCCAUUAACAAGGGGCCCGAUCUGCGGCCCAUCACAGCCACGGCUCCUGUCACCCGGCGCCCCCCGCGCCCACCCCCGGGGGCUGAGCAACGCCUCUGUGAGGGCAGGGUGGCCCGUGGCGUGCAGUGGCCGCCGACUCAGAGGGGGGAGAUGGUGGAGAGGCCCUGCCCCAAGGGCUCGCUGGGCAUUGCCUCCUAUCAGUGCUUGUUGAACCCAGUUGUGUGGAACCCUCGUGGACCCGACCUCAGCAACUGCACGUCACCCUGGGUCAGCCAGGUGGCCCAGAAGGUACCAAUCAAGAGUGGCGAGAAUGCAGCCAACAUCGCGGGGGAACUGGUGAACCACACGCGCGGCCGCAUCCACGCCGGUGACGUCAGCUCAUCCGUGCGCCUUAUGGAGCAGUUGCUGGACAUCCUGGAUGCGCAGCUGCAGGCCCUGCGGCCAGGCAACAAGGAGUCAGUGGCCCGCAACUACAACAAGCUGCAAAAGAGAGAGAGAAACUGUCGAGCUUAUAUCCAGGCUGUAGUACAGACAGUGGACAAUCUGCUCCGGCCUGAGGCGUUGGACUCGUGGCAGGACAUGAACAACACGGAGCAGGCACACACAGCCACCAUGCUGCUCGACGUCAUGGAGAAGGGCGCCUUCCUGCUGGCCAACAACCUGUUUGAUGGCCGCUUCUCAGACCGAGCCACCAACAUUGAGCUGGAGGUGUACGUGCUGAACACGGAGAUGGACCUUCAGGACUUGUCCUUCCCACAGUCCUACGCCAGCGAAAGCACCAUUCAGCUCUCUGCCUCCACCAUCAAGCAGUACAGCCGCAAUGGUCAGGUGAAGGUGGUAUUUGUGCUCUACAAGAACCUGGGCUGCUUUCUGUCAACGGAGAACGCCACAGUGAAGACGGAGGUGGAGCCGGGUGCAGGGGGGCGGGGCCUGGUUGUAAACUCACACGUCAUUGCUGCCUCCAUCAACAAGGAAUCCAGCCGCGUUUUUCUCACCGAGCCAGUCAUCUUCACCCUGAGACACCUGCAGCUGGAGAACCACUUCAGCCCAAACUGCUCCUUCUGGAACUACUCGGAGCGCUCCAUGACGGGCCAGUGGUCCUCGCAGGGCUGCCGGCUCCUGGAGACCAACAACACCCACACCACCUGCUCCUGCAGCCACCUCACCAACUUUGCUGUGCUCAUGGCGCACCGCGAGUCUGCCUACCCCGACCGUAUGCACGAGCUCAUCCUGUUUGUCAUCACCUGGGUGGGUAUCGUCAUCUCCCUGGUCUGCCUGGCCAUCUGCAUCUCCACCUUCUGCUGUCUGCGUGGCCUGCAGACCGACCGCAACACCAUCCACAAGAACCUCUGCAUCAACCUCUUCAUCGCCGAGCUGCUCUUCCUCGUCGGCAUCGACAAGACGCAGUAUCAUAUUGCCUGCCCCAUCUUUGCCGGCCUCCUGCACUUCUUCUUCCUGGCUGCCUUCUCCUGGAUGUGUCUGGAGGGCAUUCAGCUCUACCUGAUGCUGGUCGAGGUCUUCGAGGGCGAGUGCUCCCGCAAGAAAUACUAUUACUUGUGUGGCUACUGCUUCCCUGCGCUGGUGGUGGGCAUCUCGGCUGCCAUCGACUACCGCAGCUACGGGACCAAGAAGGCGUGCUGGCUGCGUGUGGACAACUACUUCAUCUGGAGCUUCAUCGGACCCGUGUCCUUUGUCAUCAUGCUGAACCUGGUGUUCCUCAUGAUUACCUUGCACAAAAUGAUCCGGAGCUCCUCCGCCCUAAAACCUGACUCCAGCCGCCAUGACAACAUCAAGUCCUGGGCUCUAGGUGCAACAGCCCUGCUCUUCCUCUUGGGCCUGACAUGGGCGUUUGGACUCCUCUUCAUCAAUGAGAACACAGUGAUCAUGGCCUACCUCUUCACCACUUUCAAUGCUUUCCAGGGCAUGUUCAUCUUCAUCUUCCAUUGUGCCCUGCAGAAGAAGGUCCACAAGGAGUACAGUAAAUGUCUUCGCCACUCCUACUGCUGCAGCCGCUCUUCCACUACGAGCUCCCACAGUUCGCUCAAGACCUCUGCACUGCGGGCCAACAACCGUUACUACACAGGCAGCCAAGCACGCCAUGCCUCAGCCCACAGACAGAGCCGCAUCCGCAGGAUGUGGAACGACACGGUGCGGAAGCAGACGGAAUCUUCCUUCAUGGCGGGGGACAUGAACAGCACGCCGACCCUGAACCGCGCCACUAUGGGGAACCACCUCCUGACCAAUCCCGUGCUGCAGACGCGAUCUGGCACCUCCCCCUAUAACACUCUAUUGGCUGAGAGCUUCAAUCCCCCCUCGCCUGGCGUCUUCAACUCCACUGGGACCUUCAGAGACCCAAAGGGCACCCUGCCUAAGACACGAGACACCAGUGGAAUGGAAAGCCUCCCACUCAAUGGGAACUUCAACAACAGCUACUCCCUGCGCAGUGUUGGUGGCAGCGGUGCCACUGGUGGAGCAUGUGACUUCCUGGGUGGGGGUGUUGAGAGCCCCCCUCCAUUACUGAACCCCCGAGGGGCCGAGAGCAUGGGCGGACCAGGGAGCGGAGCCGGGGCAAGGAGGAAUCUUCCGGAUACGGCGGCCUUCGAGAAGAUGAUCAUCUCUGAGCUGGUGCACAACAACCUGAGAGGAGGCGCGGCUGGCAGUGCAGCAGAGAGGUGUGGCAGCCUAGCCAGGCCCCUUGGCCAUGGGGUGGGCGGGGCCGAGCCUGUGACAGGCGGGGCCGAUGACCAGGAACCCCGCCCCCCCCGGGACAUAGAGCGGUUGUACAAAGCACUAGAGGAGCCGCUGUUGCUGCAGCGUGCGCAGUCCGUGCUGUACCAGAGUGACCCCGAUGAGUCAGAAAGCUAUGCCGCUGACCUCACAGAGAGCUUAGAAGCCGACGGGGGCGGUAGUGCCCGCACGCCCGACCGGGACUCCCUCUACGGGGGUGGGGCCACCCUGCGGGACUCUCCUUACCCAAAUAGCAGCCCCGAGCCACUGGAAGUGGCCCCACGCUCCGCCCGCCCACCCGAGGAGCUGUACUACAGCUCGGGGCGCCCUGCCCUGGGGUCCCGCGGUGCCCCCAUGCAGACCUUCUACCAGGGGCCCCCCAGGAGACCCAGUGGGGAGGGCUACCUGGCUCAGGGGCCAUCAGAGCCCCCCCACUGCGAGGGCGACGGUCAGAUGCAGCUGGUGACCAGCCUGUGACUAGGACGAUGGUGAGCGCACUGAAGAGGAUGAGGAGGGGAUAAAGAUGAGGAAGAUAGCGGUGGCAAUGAAGAUGCGUCCCCAGCUCCUCGUCGUCUCCCACUGCGCUCACCUCGCACCGUUUUGCCACCUGGUCUCUCCAGAGCAAGCGGAGCGCCCUCCACCCCCACAUCACACAUACUGUCAGAUCCUCUGCCCACCAGCACCACCUCCUGGUAUGCUCUGGUGAAAGGCUGGAGGUGAACUUGCAGGGGAGAAGUGUGGGCCUGAUUUGCUUCCUGCUAACAUGCUACUACCUGUUGCUGCCUAAUCUCUCCUGACCUUUGACCUUCCAUCUCUCAACUCUGACACGUGUUCUACCUGAUGCCACCUCAGUCACUAACAACUGUGGGAGGUACCCUCCCCUCCAUGCUUCCUGAGAUGGUCGUACUUAUACACAAAAAUAUUAAUCCCUUAAAAUGAACCAGUCCUGAAUGGGCUGACUGAACCAUGGAAGCCUAAGUUAGUGAAAGCACAGUGAGAGUCUGACUCGAGGUGCUUCUCCUUUUCCCUCAAAGUGCUUUCAAACUGGGCAUCCCAUUCAUUUGUCCAGAAUGCGACUGCUCCCCCUCUCCUGCACCCUUUCCUGUUUAUUUCUCUGCCACCAUGACUUCCUGUCGAUUCCUCCUCUGGCCCAGAUGCCUCUGAAUCCCUAAAAGCUCCUGAGAUGUUGCCAAAAGAACAUUCUGGGAAAAAAGGCACACAAGGGAAAAGAAAUCAAACCAAGAUGGUCUCUCUGUGUUGCGCGGGCACACGCAUGCAUGAAGGCAUGCAUGCGUGAGUGCAGGAUUCCAAAAUAAAAAAAAUGAAACAGUAGACCGGAAAAGAAGACAGACUCACAGACAAGUGAAGAAAGACCACACUGCAGCGCCAUCUAGGGGAUGGAAUGCAUGAGCGCUCGGGGCAAGUGUGAAGACCCCUGGCGGUCCGACUCUCGUACAGGUGGACUCCAAAGGAUGGUCCUCUCCUUCACAGACAUGGACCCACCUCCAGUAACUGCAAACAAUAAACAGGAAAUGCAAACCCUCCCAAACUACCCUCAGCCCCUUUACAGCCGCCAGAGAAACGUUUUUAUAGAGGUGUGUGGGUCUGCCUGCCUGCCACUCUGACCAAGAGGAACUGUGCCACUUUAGUCCAGCUGUUGUUCCUGUAUGUCCCUUGUAAAUAGACACAAACCCGGUACCUGAAAAAGAUUAAAAGGAAAAAAAAGAAACUAUGACAUCAAAUUUCUUGUAUCACAACAUAAAGAAAAGAAAUAAAAACUGUGUUGCAGUUUGUCCGCUGAGCAACACGUUCUGUCUCUUUCCCUCUGACUCUUUUUCUCCAGCAGAGAUCAUGAUGGAGGGUUGAGGGAGGCAGAAUAAACAUCUGCAUAUAAGAUAAACACAACCAAAAAAAAAUACAUUAAAGAAAACAUGUUCCUGGCACAAUUUUUAUGUAAUAUAAUCCAUUACAUGUUGUUAAUGUUCCACCUUUGAUAUUCCCAGGCAGAAAGUGCUGAGUUAGAUAAGCCUUGGGGGUGGGUGGUAGAGAGAGUGGUGCGGGGGUGGCCGGGGGAGGUUGGAUGGCCUAAAUGCUGCAGCAAAGCAUCGUGGAUCUCGGCAUGGGCGCCUUCUUGUGAGGUGAUUUUGAAGUGUGGAGCUGCAGACUAGCUUGUCACAUUUAGGGACUCCAUCAUCCUCUGGUUUUGAAACAGCUGGAAUUUUCCCCUGUUCAAGACUGACCAGCUUCACACCGCCGGAUGAGGUGGAGGGUGCAGACCAUCACGUGGACUGUCCGUCUGGGCACUGCACUAUCACCUGAGCCAGGAGGACCACCUGCAUGAAAGAAGCCUUUUGUCUGGAGAAAGCAAAUACCUGAACUCUACAACUGUUUUAGUAGAUCAGUGUGUGAGUUUGCUUUUAUACUCUGAAUUUAUCAAACUAUUUAUUAAGUAUUUAUUUAACUGCCAGGUUAAUCUCAUUAAUUUAUUCAUGGCUUUUGUUACGAUUUUUUUUUGUAUUUUCUUUUUUUUAAUUUUCGCCAAGGCCUGUCUUUGCCUGAAUCAUCCACAGAGCCAAAAGCAAGACUGAAGUCAUUCAAAACAUUUUUUAAAAAAAGCAAAUCAGUGAAAGAGCUUUGGCCAUUUACAUGGUCCUAAUAAUGCCGGUAAGGUGUGGUGACAUAUCCAAAAGGUGGCAUGUGACAGUGAUCUUUAAGGUUAGUGAGGGUGCUCUCUGGUUAGUGAGAUUGGUUUGGGAUGGUUCAUAAUCAAGUUGCUUGGUGAGAGUGGUUUGUGGGGACUGGUGAGACUGAUUAAUGACAGAGGUUUCGGAACUGUGAGUGCUUUCGGUGUGCAUUGUUCUGUGUUUCGCUGUGACUGUGGGGGCUGUUAUUGCUGUUAGCAUAGUAGGACGCCGAGUGGAUUAUCACAAUAGUUGUCAUCUCUUCCUGUGAAUAUUCAUGGAGAAAUUACUGUGGAGUCAGAUAGACAGGUAUGAAGAUCAGCCACAUGAGUAAUGAUAGAUAGGUAUAAAGAUCAGCCACAUGAAUAGUCAUAGACAGAAAGGUCUGAAGAUCAGCUGCAUGAUUACUCAUAGACAGACAAGUAUGAAGACCUGAAGGUCUAUGGGCAUGGUCAGAUGUGUAAGGAUCAGCCACAUGAAGAGUCAUAGACAGAUAUGAAAAUCAGCCACGUGAUUAAUCAUAGACAAGUGAGAAGACCUGAGGGUGAAUGGGCGUGGUCAGACAGGUAUGAAGAUCAGCCACGUGAUUAAUCAUAGACAAGCGAGAAGACCUGAGGGUGAAUGGGCGAGGUCAGACAGGUAUGAAGAUCAGCCACGUGAUUAAUCAUAGACAAGCGAGAAGACCUGAGGGUGAAUGGGCGUGGUCAGACAGGUAUGAAGAUCAGCCACGUGAUUAAUCAUAGACAAGCGAGAAGACCUGAGGGUGAAUGGGCGUGGUCAGACAGGUAUGAAGAUCAGCCAUGUGAUUAAUCAUAGACAAGCAAGAAGACCUGAGGGUGAAUGGGCGUGGUCAGACAGGUAUGAAGAUCAGCCAUGUGAUUAAUCAUAGACAAGCGAGAAGACCUGAGGGUGAAUGGGCGUGGUCAGACAGGUAUGACUUCCAGCCACAUCCACAUGGUCAGAGAGGCGUGAAAGAUGAUGAAAACAGUAUGAAGAUCUAACAGGUGUAUGUACAUGUAAUCUGUAAUGGGGUCUUCUUUCUGUCAAAAUCCUGACACUAUUGUCAAGCUACUUGCAAAGGAAAAGCACAAAAUGCCUAAACAUCAGAACAUCCUUCCUGAAGCCCAACCUGGGAUGUGUAAAUCUUUAAAUUUAAAUGAUAAUCAAAAAAAUCCACGCACUGAUAGAUUACACUGUUGUUUCGGAUCCAUCUGACAUGCAUACAGAGUGUUGAUGAUGUUGGACUGUUUGGGAGAAAGAUCUGACUAUUCUGAUCACUUGUGUAUGACUGCUGUUGCCAUGCAUUUUGCACUGAGCAUGCUACCAUGCAGACAGAUGUGUAAAGCAUGACCACACGCACAUUCUUUAACAUGUCUGCAGAAUUGGAUACUGCUAUAUGUCUCAUUUGGAAAUACAGGCCCUGUGGGCAGCCCACAAGUGUCUGGGAGAAGGAGAGCAAGGGUUGAGACAUUCAUCCAUUCAUCACUGUGCCCCCAUUCAUAUGCCCCAUUCAUAUUUACAGGCCCUGAGGCCGGUCCACAGGUAUCCUGGGGAGGGAGAGCGAAGACUAACACAUUAAUCCAUUCAUCAUUGUGCCCCCAUUCAUACAUCUCAUUAGCACUUACAGGCGCCGAGGGCAGUACACCGGCAUCUGGGGAGGGAGAGCGAAGACUAACACAUUCAUCCAUUCAUUAUUGUGCCCCCAUUCAUACAUCCCAUUAGCACUUACAGGCGCCGAGGGCAGUACACAGGCAUCUGGGGAGGGAGACUGAUGACUGAGAAACAUUAAUCCAUUCAUCACUGGGCCCUCAUUCAUACAUCCCAUUCACACUUACAGGCCCUGAGGGCAGUACACAGGCAUCUGGGGAGGGAGACUGAUGACUGAGAAACAUUAAUCCAUUCAUCACUGGGCCCUCAUUCAUACAUCCCAUUCACACUUACAGGCCCCGAGGGCAGUACACAGGCAUCUGGGGAGGGAGACUGAUGACUGAGAAACAUUCAUCCAUUCAUCUCUGGGCCCUCAUUCAUACAUCCCAUUCACACUUACAGGCCCCGAGGGCAGUACACAGGCAUCUGGGGAGGGAGACUGAUGACUGAGAAACAUUCAUCCAUUCAUCACUGGGCCCUCAUUCAUACAUCCCAUUCACACUUACAUGCCCUGAGGGCAGUACACAGGCAUCUGGGGAGGGAGACUGAUGACUGAGAAACAUUAAUCCAUUCAUCACUAGGCCCUCAUUCAUACAUCUCAUUAGCAUUUACAGGCCCUGAGGGCAGUGUACAGGCAUCUGGGGAGGGAGACUGAUGACUGAGAAACAUUCAUCCAUUCAUCACUGGGCCCUCAUUCAUACAUCCCAUUCACACUUACAGGCCCUGAGGGCAGUACACAGGC